CUCAAAUCUCAGUAACAUAGAAUCUUUCACCAAAUUCAUACACACAUACACAAUUUUAAUUUCCAUGGCAAAUCAUCAUAAGAGAACGCUAAAGUUUGACAUUAAACAAAUUGUUUAUGUGAAACCAUCAAAACCCACACCAAAUGGCAACAUUUCACUCUCUGCACUUGAUAAUAGAGCUGAUAACAAUGGCCUAUGCCAUAUUGUUCAAAUAUAUCAAUCACCGAAAAAUGACCAAAAUGACCCUGCCCUUAUGAUCAAAGAAGCACUCUCAAAGGCUUUGUUUUAUUACUACCCUUUGGCGGGUAGAAUAGUAAAACAUGCUGAUGGGAAACUUAGAGUUAAUUGCAAUGCAAAUGGAGUUCCCUUUGUAGAAGCCAUUGCUAAUUGCAACCUUUCUUCUCUCCACUACCUUGAUGGUAGUAACACAGAGAUUGCAAAACACUUGGUACUUGAUCUUCCUUCUGAGGAUGAACAUGGUUUCCAAUUAUACCCUUUGUUGAUCAAGGUAACCAAGUUUCUAUGUGGGGGUUUCACAAUUGGCUUAGGAACCUCACAUGCUAUAAUUGAUGGCAGUGGAAAAUCUCAAUUCUUGCAAGCCAUAGCCGAAUUUGCAAGUGGAAAAACCGAGCCAUCGGUGAAGCCUGCAUGGGAGAGAGAAAAGCUUGUUGGGUCAAUUACCAAAAUGCCCUUGGAGAUUCCUAUGGAUGAGUCCUCUGCCGCGGUCUCACCUUAUUUGCCCACCAAAAAACUUGUUCAUGCAUGCUUUAAAGUCGACAAUGAGAGCAUAAAAAGGCUCAAGAUGAGUUUGAUGAAGGAAAUUAUUAGUGACCAAAACAAUAACAUGGAAGAAAGCUUCACAAGUUUUGAGUCUCUUGCUUCCUAUGUUUGGAGGGCAAGAACAAGAGCUUUGAAAUUGAACAGUGAUGGUAAAGUUAUGUUGACUAUCAUAGUAGGGAUAAGAAAGGACCUUCUUGAUCCUCCUUUGCCUAAAGGGUAUUAUGGGAAUAUUGCAGUGGAUGCAAACAUUGUGUUGACUGCUAGAGAAGUCAACGAAAGACCACUCUCCCAUGUAGCGAAGAUCAUCAAAGAAACUAAGAAGGUUGCUCAGACAAAGGAGUACGUCAAGAGAAUGAUCGACACGUCGGCGACGGCGGCCGACGACGAUUUCGAUUAUGAUGGAAGGGGUGCGUGCAUGGUUUUGACAGACUGGAAACAUUUGGGUUUUUCAAAGAACAUGGAUUUAGGAUGGACACAACCGGUGAAUUUUGUUCCUGCCCCAUGUGGUUUGUUUGAUAAAUUGCAUUUGUGUAUUUUCUCAUCUCCGAGUAGCUUGGAUCCUUCAAUGGAUGGAGGUGCUAGGAUCUUUGUGUCACUCCCCAAUGCUGCCAUGCCCAAGUUUAGGAACGAGAUUGAAGCUCUUAUUACGAAACCAUAGGAGAUUAGAUGUAUUUCAAUUCAUGUUCUAAUUGUGUUGUGUCUGUAGAGGGCAAUAUAGUAAUUUCAUGUUUGUUUCUAUUUUAUAAGUCAAUGGAAUAAGAUUUGAUUGUGUUUA